CAUUCCUUCAGCUCCACAUCGAUGAUCUAAAUUGAACAGAGUACGCCUUUCCCCAAGUAGCAGGGGCCCUAUUCGUAUUCCGGGUCCCCUUCUAGACACAAAGAAAAAACAUUCCCAGCAGUCGAACAGACAGCCCAAAGACACUCCCACACCAGCUGUGUGUAUGGGGUUUAGUUGGCCAACCGCAAAAUUCUUGGCAAACAAAAUAAAGAAAACUAACUUGGGCCCAAGCAGAGCAGAUCCAAGCGGCAACGGAAAUUGUUAACCUUUGGGGAUAUCAAACAUUUACGAUUGCGUGGCAGCGGCAGCAACAUUUAAGUUUUUAUCAGCACAAAAUAAAGUUUUGGUUUACGGAUUGUGUUCCUGUCCGCCGAAGCCCCUCCCACUAUCCACCACUUUUUGGCCAGAGGCAGCUACAAGUGCCCAGGAGCCAGGGCAGGAGCGAAAUUCAGGAGCAGGAGCUGGAUCAGGGGCUGAAGGUUCGUCCCUGUUGAUUCUGGGGCACGCAAAACUUUUAUCCUUUUCAAUUUCGUUUUUCUUCGCCGAGUACUUUUGAGGGAUUUAAAUUUCUGUUUGCAGCCGAGCCAACAGCGAAACAACAACCGUGGGAGUGGCUGCGUCGAGUUCCUGGCGACCAGCCGUCAUGAAGAGGAAGGGUCGUAUAGAUCGGACACCAAAAGUAGUACCACCUAAACCAUCGAGAGUUGUCAACACGGAGGCUAUUCCACUGAACGUGGAAGCCAAAUCCCAAGAGAUAGAUGAUCAGGCUGCGCCAUUUAUCUUGGUAGACUGUGCAAAAUCUGCAGAUCGUUCAGAUUUGGAAGCAAUACUUAGUUCCAUAGAAAAGGAACGGAUGAAAAGGGUUCAGGCAGAUAUAGAGCAGCAAUGUUUUCCCCUCCUGGAGGAUAUAGAACCACCACCAGAAUUAGAUAUGCCUAUUAACCUAAGCUCUCAGGCAUUGGUUAAAUUGAAUGAUGCAGAGAGUGAGCGCCGCUUCAAGGAGGAUCUGGAGAGUCUUAGUAUUGCUGGACUGGAGUGGGAGGAGAAGGAUACAUCCAUUACCAUUACCUCUAAUAUCCUGUCCGACAUGACAAUAGAAGACAGCAAACUAUUGCUUCGAACUAUGGCAGGUAUGAAACAGAUUUGCUGCACGCUAGAGCAGAUGAAAAAUGUUCCUGGGAAAAUAGGAUCAGCAGAACCAACUCCGCAGUCAAAUUGCACAAGCUUGAUUCCACUUUCAGGCCUUCGCCGACAAGACACCUUCGAAAUUGCACCUAAAAAGAACCAAAAGAUUAGAUAUCCUGAGGUUUCCACCAAAUCAGCAGUUAGCGAAAGGAAACAUCUACCAUUAACUGCCAAGGGAGGAAAAUGUGAGAAAGUUAUCUCAGAGACUGAUAAGAUUUUCAGCCAGAUUGGCGAUCUUCUCGUGAAACUGCAGCUCCAACACGAGGGCAGCAAAGUCCUGAAGAAAGGAUCCUCUUAUUCCUACAUGGUGAACAUUAAGCCAACUGCCAGUGCAUCCAAUUGUUCAGUUUAUGGGAUUACAAAACUAAAAUCCCACGAAAUAAAGGAGACGCAUGCCGAAAAUCAAAGAACUUCUCACGCUCCAUUUAUCAACAUUUUAUACCGUGGUAAUGGUGGACUUGUGGAGACUUCUCCAUUGCCCACGACCACACGAUGCAUCGAAGGAAGCUCCAUUGGGCCGAUGUCCCUUCGCGAAACGCCGUCCUCCAGGAUCAAACCACCACUUGUGCGCAAGAGGCCCUGCUCCUAUCUAAGGGUACCUACCCCUGUUAAAUUUUGCCAUGGUAGGAAGAAAAAUUAGGCCGCAUGGUAACCAUUCCCCAAAUUAUUUGUUUGAAAGCCAUUUAUUUUCUAUCGACAUUGGAAUUGCCGAUAAAUGCUUACAAAUUCAUAUGCUGGCCAUUCAAAAGGAUCUUGAAUGGAUAUUUUAGGCAAAAAUAUAUCAGUUGCCACAGUCUAAUGAACAGUAAUAAUUCUACAAAAGCAUACAAUGCGGUCAUAAUAUAAAAUAUUCAGUGAUACAAAACAAUUAUAUUUUUAUAAGCCAUUAAUUAAAAUAUAACCUACAUUUUGGUUAUUAAUGGUCUCUUAGAUUUAUUUCCGUUAGGGUCAAUUAAUAAAAUUAUAAGUCUGAA